CUCCUCCUCCUCCUCCUGUUGUACCGGCAUGUCCUCCGCCUGUGGGAUGGAGUUACUCUUGCAUUUACUUUCAGACUGGAUGCUGCUGCUGCUGCUCCAAUCCACUUGGAUGUCCUUCUUCUUAAAGGAGAGUUGUAUUUUUCCCACUUGAUCUCGUAUCUGUUUUGGCAACCUUUAAACCGUUGAUCCAUAUUUUAAUCUAAAGAACGGAGGUGAUUAUUCCCUUUGGCCGGAGGAAAACAUGAAGUUCCUGGACACUGCGCGCGUUUCGAUCCUGCUGUUGGUGCUGCUGUGGGGCAAUGAGCGCGGUGCGCAGGGGAAAGCGGCUCGGCUGGAGCGCUGGGUUAGAGCCGGACUGCAGUACCUCAAGCUGCACCUGUGCCGCAGGGUUGCGUUACCGGAGAGCGAGUGCCGCAAGCUCGCUCAUCUCCAUCCCAGCGGAAUAGCGGUGUAUACUUCAGAGUCCGGAGCUGGUAAAGUGCUCGCCAUCCUGCCCGACUCGCAUCCCGCUUUAAAAGCGAGUCACAACGCGGGUGUCCUUGCGGCUGAGCGCGGGCUGGAGAGGGAGCGCUUCACCGACGUGAGCGCGCAUGACGCCGUGCUCGUGCUGGACCCGAGUCCCGGAGAGAGCUUCGGUCAUCCUGUGCUGCUCUUCUACUUGGACUUUAACGUGGCCAAGAAAAAGUGUGUCCACAUGGAAGGGAUUUAUUUAGGAGAAGAGUGUAUGACAUUGGCCCUGAAGACUCGCUGUCAAAACCAGCUGAAGCGGAGAAGGAGCCGCAGCGACCGUACUAUGGACCGCACACAGAUUCGGAAGGGUUCGGUGUCCCGAGCAAGCCAUGCAGAGCGUAGCAGUGGCCUCUGUGAGAUCCACUUCCUGCCCCGAGUGGUGGGAGUGAGGGACAGCAACCAAACACAGCGCCUCCGCUGUGUGGAUCAUCCAGAGUUUGCGAGAUGCCCACAGCCUUUGCCCCUCACUAGUCCAAGCAUGCCCAUUUCUAGUUGUGAGUUCAAUAAGAAUACCCGUCGAUGCCACCAGCAGCCUCUCGCCACACAUCACUCCUGUCGCCUCUACCAGACCUGUGACCAUGCAGUACUGCUCUCAGGUGGAUGGCAGGAACAGAUCACAUAUCAGCACCAUGAGCAGAAUCUGCUGCUCUUCUACCAGAUGCUAAGAGACAAUGGGUUUCAUAAGGAUCACAUUAAAACAUUCUUUGCUGGAAAUGGACAGGUAGCAGAUAAAGAGGCAGAAGGAAUGUAUCCAGCCACAGAAAAGGAGUUAAUCAGGAACCACAUCUCCUACAUCUGUCGGAAGCAGCACUGUGCAGACACAUUCGUCCUGUAUCUGAACAGCCCGACCCGCAACGACGGAACCAUGCUGCUAUGGGACCGCAACAACAAUGGCAUUGCAGAUCUAAAGGAGCGCUAUGCUGUAGGUGAGCUGCUGGCUGACCUUGCAGGCUGCAGGGCAAGUCGAGUGCUGCUCUUUGUGGAGCAGAGCUACACCGGAGUUCUCACUAAGAGACUAAAGGGCUCUCUUAAACACCUUAAUGUGGUGCUGCUCAACAAUCUGCCCUGGAUGAACACAGCUCAGUACUGGGUGUCUCUGCACCCAUCCCACUGCCUCAUCGACCAUCUCAGUAAGAAUGCUGUAAUGCCCCAUGUGGGUGAUGGGAUCAGCCUGCUCAACGUAACUCUGUCUGGAGCUCCCUGUAACUCCACACCACCUCUUUCAGAGGCUGAGAUGAGGAAGGAGUACAUGGGCUGUCAGAACCUUCCUACAGCAUUGUGGCACCAGGGUCGCCGAAAGUCCCACAACAUCGAGAGAAACUGAGAGACAACGCCUAUUCUUCCAGUGCAGCCUCAUCACCUUCACUACCAGCAUCUAAUUUCAUAUAGAGAAUGCUAGAGAUGUCUUUUUGGUCAUCUUAAUUCUUUACUACAGUGUUUGAUCUUCGGUUGUAACACUAGAUUCAGGCAGCUGUCUUAGGAUGCUGUUAGAUGACAAUAAAAAUGUGUAUAAAUUA